AUGAAGUUCGCAUCGAUCAUUGCUCUGGUACUACCAGCAGCAGCGCUAGCUCAGAUAUCUACCCCAGCCGUCAGCGACACUCCAGCGCCUUCUGGACCCCCAGAUUUGUCAGUCUCCGAAAAACAGGCUGGCCCUUACGCCGACGAUUGUCCCAGGUGUCAACAAAACAAAAAAGCGGAUGAAAAUUCGUCAACGAACGAAAAAUUUCGAAGGAUCUGGUCUGAGGUCACUUGA